UCCAGCGGCACGCAAAAAUAAUACGUUCUCAUCAGCUCCGUCUUCUUCACUUCCACAAUUCUCAACUCUUUGGGAGCAAGUCAAGCGAAACGAAACUUUUUUUUCCUUCCUGCAAACAGACAAACUGGAUUAGGAUUGGGCUGUGCGUUCGGGGUUUUUCGCAUUAUGGAUCAUAUAGGGGCUCAUCACCACGUCCACCAGAGCCACGCCGAACCCAUCAGCUUUGGAAUUGAUCAAAUCUUAAACAAUCCUGACCAAGGGAGUUGUAUGAUCUCUAGCUCUAGACUACAGGACUCAGAUUAUGGCCUGGGUUGCAUUAUGAGCAGCUCAUAUAACACAAUGGCAGGCAACUACAACAAUAGUUGUACGCCGCAAGGAGGUUACAAUAGCAGUGCUUGCAGCGUGGCAUCGUUAACGGGCUCUUACAAUAUGAACAUGGGCAUGAACAUGAGUGGAAAUAACUUGAACUCUGCGGGUGUGAUCCGAGUGCCAGCACACCGACCGCUGGCCAACAAUGUCCACCAGCCCAUCACCACCGGUAUGCAUACUGUCCCCAGCAUGGGAAGCAUGAAUAACAUAAACAGUCUCACAGGUCUUACAUUUCCCUGGAUGGAAAGUAACAGAAGAUACACUAAGGACAGAUUUACAGUGGCCCUCUCACCCUUCACUGUAACACGCCGUAUAGGUCACCCGUACCAGAACCGGACCCCACCAAAGAAGAAGAAGCCCAGGACAUCGUUCACAAGGUUGCAGAUCUGCGAGCUGGAGAAGCGCUUCCAUAGGCAGAAAUACUUAGCCUCGGCAGAGAGAGCAGCCUUGGCUAAGGCCCUCAAAAUGACAGAUGCCCAGGUGAAAACCUGGUUCCAGAACCGGAGAACAAAGUGGAGGCGACAAACAGCAGAGGAGAGAGAAGCAGAAAGGCAACAGGCCAACAGAAUCCUCAUGCAGCUUCAGCAGGAAGCUUUUCAGAAAACACUUAACCAACCUCUUCAGCCUGAUCCCAUAUGUUUGCACAACUCAUCGCUGUUUGCCUUGCAGAACCUCCAGCCUUGGUCGGAUGACUCCGGCAAGAUAACCAGUGUCACAGCCAUAGCUUCAUCCUGUGAAUAGGGUUUCCUUCCAUGCUUGAUCACGGUUCUCUUCUGGGCUGCGAUGGGAGCAGCAAGAAAGCGCCACACUCUUUUAGCAGCGUCAACAACAACUUCUUUUUACAAAAUAUAGUCUAUGGAUUGUAUCGCUGCAUUUUGUUUAAAAUAUGACCUUGAUGACUGUAACAGCAAUAUGAGAAGAAAAAAGACACAAACACUCGCCUAUGGGAUUUACCCUACAGUAUCAACUAAUUUACAUUUUUAUAAUAUGAAAACACUAUAUGAUAUCAUUGAUCCUCGUAAAGAAAGAGAAGACGAAAAAUAAGAUAUGCCUGUGUUAUUUUCUCUACGUAAUCCAGCACUCUCUCUCUUCUGUGAACAAGCCUCUAAGACAAGUACAGUUUUAAAACCUCAGAUAUGCACAACACAGAAGUAAGAACAACUAUGUGGGCCCGUUAGGAAAAACAGCAUUCCAGUCACUUAUUUUCAGAAAUAUAGAAUAAUACCGCCAUAAUUUACCAGUGGUUUACAACUUUGAUUUAGUGGCAACAUGGCUCCUCUCUAUCCUGAUGUUUCUAGCCCUAUGCAAAAAGGGUAAUUGUAAUACCAGUAUUUGUUCAUUUAUUUAUUUUUUAUUAAUUCGUUAAUUCAUAGGCUCAUUCAUUUUCAGUUACACCCUGCCACUCUUUUCCUAUUCAGAAUCGUGAAAUGUUGCCUUUCCCAAGCAACGGGGGUAAAGAAGAGUUGGACAUCAAAAUUAGAAGGGGCGGCAAUUCAUGCUGCAUUGAGAAAUGGCAUAUUAAAUAUUCUGGGUUUGGUCCUCUGGAGUCUUAAGGAGCAGUUUAUU